UUCUUCUUCGUUUGUAUAUCUUCUUCUUCUCUCUCUCAUCUAGAUUUCCAAUCUCUCUCUCUUUCUUGUAUAUGAUUUUCAAUAAAUAAAAAUAACGGAAGCUGCGUUUUAAAGAACACCGUCGAUUUCUAUUUUUCCAUUAGCUGAAAAUAAAAUAAAAAAACUCAGAUUUUUGUCUUUCCCCACAAAGGGUUUGAUUGGAUCGUGGCCCUGAUAAUUGCGGUCAAAAGAGUCUGUGGGAUUGAAAAUUGGAAUAAGUGUUGUAUCUGUUGAUUCAAUCGGAAAGAGGCCAACUUGUUGUCGGCUUCCGAUAAAAAGGUUAUCGACAAAUCUUGAGGUUCUCUGAGGUGCAAAAUUACUAAUUUUAUAGUGUAUUUAGGAUAUUUAAAGUGAAAGUUGGGAGAUGAUAAAGAAAGUUUGGAGCUUGUAAGUGAUUUUAUUGAUAUGGUGGACUGGAUCAUAGAUUCUGAUCUGGUCAGGAGCUGGGAUAAAGGAGCGAGAAAGUAACUUGAGUGGUUUAAAAGUAUACCACUUUAACGUGUUUUGACGGAUAAGUAGUGGUCAUGUCUCGUUGCUUCCCAUUUCCACCUCCAGGAUAUGACAAGAAGAUUAGAACCGAGGCAUCAGACUCUUUACUAAAGGAAAAGCACAAGGAGAAGAAGCACAAGAAGGAUAAAGAAAAGAAAGAAGGAAAGGAGAAAAAGGAUAAAGAAAAAAGCAAAGAUAAACAUAAGGAACGGAAGGAGAAAAAAGAGAAACAUAAAGAUAGGAAAGACAAAGAUCGAGAUAAAGAAAAGAGUAGAACUUCGGAGGACAAAAAAACUGCUGUUGCUUUGCCGAACACUGGGGACAGAGAAAAACUUGUAACAAAUACCUUGCAGAAUAAUGGGAACGGAGAGUCUAAGUUUAUACAGGACCUGGCAAGAAGGAUCAGAAAUGAAGAAGCUACAGAAAGUCAAAGUACACGAAAGAUUGAUUUUCCUUGUGGAGUUACAGAGACUAACAAUUCCUGCCCAGUUCCUCAAACCAAUCAUACGAAAGUUGACAAAAAGAGAAACAGUACCCAUAAAAACUCUGCUAUUUCAAAAGGGUCUGAAAGUGCGGUUCUCCGAGUAUCAUCUUGCAUGGAUCAGAAAGGAGCUGAGGUUAAAUUUAAACCAGUGGAGAAAAAUGAUCAGGCAAAGAAAAGGGAACCACAAGAAAAGAAUCACCGCAGGGAAAGUGUGACAAAGAGUGAUAAGCCAUUGGAUAAUGAAGGGAUAAGGAAAAGUGAACCAAAAAACAUAACAAAUGUAAGUGGUAAAGAGAAGAAAGAGGAGAAAACUGAGAUGAUAAAGAAAAAUGUUCAGGAGAAACCAAAGUUUGUAGAGGGAGAACCCAGAUUAAAAGAGAGAGAACAAGACGUUGUGGGUACUAGGGAUUUUAGAGAGCAGGAGUUUUCAAGGGCGGGCAUCAAGAACCUUACUGCUGAGGGAAUUCUUGGCAAACGAAAGGAUCUUGAGACAAAUGGAUUCUUGUAUGAGAAUGGAUCUAGGAAAAACAAGAUACAUAAGCCAGUUGUUUCUCCUAUAUCAUCCGUGGAGAACGGAAGAAAUUUUGGAGCAUGCCAAACACAUCCAAAGCUUGCUUCUGAGUUGCACGAAACAGUGUCUAAUCCAGAGGUGAAAGAGCACAAGAUUAAUGGAUUCAUUUAUUCUCAAGAACCCAAAAGCCAUCCACCGGUUUCUGCAGUGAAAGUAAAAAAAAACGAUGAAGCAUCUGCAAAGAAGCGGCCUCAUUCAGACUUAAAGUAUUUGGAUCAGAUUUUGAACGUACCAAAAAGGGAGGAAUUGCAUGAGGUUGAUGAUGCUGAACAAGAAUGGCUAUUUGGUCAGUCAGGUAAAUUCUUAAAAAAGCAAAGAGCAGAUUCUGAUACUUCACUGGUUGAGAAUCCGCAAGUUUGGAACCAGGCUCUUGGAAUAGAAUCUGCUGAUAUUGUAGCUCUUCCCUAUGUUGUUCCAUUCUAGAUUUGACUAGUGGUGUUCAUUGAUUUCAACACGAGAAAGGUCCACCCUCAGAUCACAUUGUUGUGACUCUUUGCUCGGUUAAGCAUCCCAAUGAUGGUUGAUGCACAAUUGGAAUGGGAGAUGUUGCGGUAUGACUGGUUGGCUUCAUGAGAUGAGAAAGGCUUCCUUAGUAGAACAAUUCAAGUUAGUAAGGGCUGUGUAGGUUUUAGAGUAAAAUCUUUUCGAGAGUGUGAUUGUUGGAAAUGAGAUCUGCGGUAAGCAUCUGAUAGACUUUUGGUUCAGUUUUGAUUCGGCUGUGUCAUCAUCAGAAGAUGGAUUUAGCAUUAAGUUGUAUAUUAGAGAGGAUAUAGAGAAUAGGGGAGAGAUCUUAUAAAUUACCCACUAAUACAUUACAAUUGUAUCUACUUUGUUUCCCUUCUGGGUCGCAAGUAUUCUUGGAAUCCAUACAAAUCUUGAUCUU